AUGCAGUCCUCCCAGACGCCUGUACUCGACAAGUUCCUCGGAGAGGUCGAUAGGAUCGUGCGCGACAAAAAUGGUGUUGAGCUACAGGCCUUUCUGGUCAUCGAGCCGCCUUUCAACAGCCUCUACGAAGCCAUGAUUGCGGAGAUGCGCAAAAUAUAUCCCAAGGGUAAGGAGGGCGCAUUGGAACAGAGAUGUAGUAGGAUGCUCAAGGAAGCUGGCGAAGACGCAGAGGGUGCGACAUGGACCAUAUUCGUCAAAUUCAUGGCCAAUUACCUCUCCUUCAUACGGGACGUGGAUCCCUCGAAUUUGUUGGAAACAUACAAUAUCCUCAGUGAGCUACAACAAAAAGCGAAUAGUGCCUUAACAAGCCCGUCAAAAGGACUCAUAAUCCUACCCACCGUGAUAGCCUACGCACGUGUUUUUGCCCGACUUGCCAUUGGACUGGAUAAAAAUCCCGAACUCAUAGCCCAUUUGGUUGUCCAAAGCAACUCCGAAGAAGAUGGGCGUCGGGAAACGCUUCCAGAGCGAGCAGCAAACAUACUUCGGACUGCUUUUGUCACUUGUCUGAACGACCGAGGAUCAGGAUCAGGAGGUGUGAAAGAUGGCAAACCGGAUGGAAAGAAAGUCGGAAUAUACAAGAUAGCCAAUCUAUGCUUGAAGAUCCUGUUUCAAUGCGACAAGAAGAUGAACGCUGAGCAAAUCUUCACCAACAUCUACAACCAGUCGCCGCCACUUUCAAUCUAUCCCGCGUCAGAGCGCGUGACUUAUCUCUACUAUCUCGGCCGCUUCCAUUUCUCGACAGGCCAUUUCUUCCCUGCCCAAAUGGCCCUCCAGGCUGCUUAUGACCAAUGCUUAGCCAGUCCAGCGUGUGUCGGCCAACGUCGCCUGAUACUCAUCUAUCUAGUAGCAGCCAACAUGAUUCUUGGCCGUUUCCCUACUCAGUCCCUUUACGACCGACCCGAAGCUGCCGGCCUGCAAGCUAUCUUCCAGCCUAUCGUCCACACUUUAAUCAAAGGCGACCUCGAAACUUUCAGGCGCCUAGUCGACUGGGAUUCUCCGAAUGCGCCGUGGCUCAUGCGAAGAUACAAGAUGCUCCUUCAGAUCGCCCGCCUCUGUGAGGUCAUAGUCUGGCGCUCCCUCUUCCGACGAGCCUUCGUCUUGACCGGCGUCCAAGGUGACAAUGAAACCCGCAAAGCGCCCACUCUAGACCUCAAUUAUGUCCUGGCCUUGUUCGUAUUCCUAGAGAAGCGGGCGUUGCACCCGCCCGAGAGACUCGACAAAUUUGGACCAGCGCCGGAUCCGCCACCAGAAGCGUACUAUAUAGACCCAGAGUUCGUGGGUGCGGAUGGAAAGCCGCUAGAGGGAUACCAUGCAAACGUCAGUCUGCCUUCUAUGUUGAACAUAGAGAGCAAAUGCUCUUCGCUUAUCUCUCAAGGCUUCAUGAACGGCUUCAUCUCGCAUAAGUUGAAGCGGUUCGCGAUCAAGGGCGCCAAAGAGAAAGGGUCAGCGCUGGCCGCAGGGUGGCCGAAGUUUUGGGAUGUCAUCAACGCGGAGGCGCCACCUGACUGUCCUGGAUGGAAGCAGGACGUUGCGAGUUCUUCGGCGGGAGGUGCGUUUGGGCCGGGAAUGGUGGUCAACCUGAGCAAUGCGAGGCCUGUUGGCUCCGGGCCGCUUGGCUGA